AUGGCGGCGGCGGUGGACCUGGAGGAUGCGUUCGGCGCGGUCUUCGGCGAAGCCAAGCCGGAGGGCCACCCCACCGCGCGCCCCGUCCUCUUCCGCGCCCACGCCCGCUCCGCCGCCGCCCUCCGUGUCGUCGCCACCGACUGCCACUCCCUCGCCUGGGACUGCUCCCUCUCCGUCUCCGACCUCGACGACCUCAGAGACGAUGUUGGAAUCGGGGGCUCCUGGGCCGACUUUCUAGAUUAUCUCAAGUCCUCCUUGUCCUCCGGCGAGGUGAAGCUGCUCUUCGCCACCGACAAACUCCGCAAGUCAACCGGUUCUGAUGGUGCAAAGCUUGUGGCUACCAAGGCAAAGGGCCUGCCUCGCAUCACCAUUUCUCUCCAUAGUGUUACUGGCGCUACGACGAGUGAUAUCAUAGCCGAGUUCUCGCUAGCGCUCUAUGGAGCUUAUAGGACUGCACGGGAGCUUGUAUCCAAAGAACAAGAACAAAUGUCACAGCUGAUGGGAAAUCUGUCAACUGAAAGAGAAAAGAACGAAAUCAUGCAAAAACAACUCGAAUCUCUUUCUUUCCUAGACAAAAGAAAGGCAACAAAGCCAAAGCUGUUGGCUGAUCAGGUUCCAAGUGUGUCUGCUGUGACUCUGGUCUCUGACCAAGUUACAGCUCCUGUGCAGCAGCAAAUAUCAGUAGGGCAAGAGUGCGAGGAGCUCUGCUGCAAGAUAAUGAGGAUGAGGAUGACAACUGACAAAGAGUUAGAGAUGCUGAUAUCUUGGUUUAAGUUUGCUAUAUAUGUGAACUUACAAAGAGUGGCUUGUGGUUAA